AUGACUGACCGCCGCUACGGAGAUUCCACCUACGGUACCACGUACGAUACCACGGGGACCACCUAUGACACCACCGGCACGACGGGCUACGGCACUACCGGCUAUGGUACAACCGGCUAUGGCACAACCGGCUACGGCACGACGGGCUAUGGCACCGACACCACCGGCACCAACUACGGUACCACCUAUGAUACCGGCUACGGCACCACGGCUUAUGACCCCAGCACUGGUGCCUACGACCAGCACCUCGACUACCGCACCGACGGCUCGCGCCGCCAUCACCGUGAGCGAGUCGAUCCCAGCAGCACCUAUCGACACCGCGACGUUGACCGACGUGACGACGGAACUACUCGCGUCCAUCGCGAGUAUGACAACCCCAACACCGGUACCAGCUACCACCGUGAUUAUGAGAGGUAG